AUGGCUGGCAAUCGGUAUACCUUGGGCAUUGCCCUAUUUGCUUCUCUUGGAACAUUCUUAUACGGAUAUGACACGGGCAUCGUGACGACCACUAUCGCUCACCAGAGCUGGAUUAACUACAUGAACCAUCCGGAUCCUGGUCUUGUUUGUGCUGUCGGCGCGAUCUACAUCGCUGGCGAGGCAGUGGGUGCUAUCUUGCAAAUAAUUAUCGCGGACCAGCUUGGUCGAAUCGGUUUCAUGGAACUGCUGUGUGUGAUUGUUACCAUUGGUUGCGUUAUCCAAACUGCAGCGGUCAACAUUGCCGAGUUGCUCGACGGGAAACUGACCAUUUACUUCUCCAUUGGCGCCCUUUGUGCCACUGUCCCAAUCUAUCUAUCUGAGAUCAGCAGUUCCAAGUCGCGCGGCUUAAUUGGCGGUCUCUCCGGGGUUGGUCUCUCGUGCGGAAUUACGGUGUCCAACUGGGUCGGGUACGCGUGCAACUAUGCUCCCUAUGGCAGUUUGCAGUGGCGUCUUCCACUCGGCUUCCGAAUCCCAUGGGGAGUCAUCAUGUUUAUCGGUCUUAAGGAUAAAGUUGAAGAAGCGCGCAAGGCGUUCGUCGGGAUCCGCAGCGACUUGCAUUCCCACGAGGUGCCUCAAGAGUUCGGCCUUAUGAAAUCUCAGAUCGAGUUCGAGAUGAAGCGACACCUUCCAUCUUUCAGCGAAGCAUUCAAGCUCUAUCGCCAUCGCGUCCUGGCUUCUAUCGCAGUCCAGGUCCUGACAGCCACGACCGGUGUUAACGUCAUUCAGGAUCAGCCGUUCGACACAUUGAUUUGUGGAGGUGAUGGCACGCCAGACGACAUCUGCUCAAGCUCAACCACGCUUGCUUAUCCAAAGGCUACAUACGCCAUCCAGCUUCCAGCGAAUCGAGACGCCGCCUCUUCCAUGAGCUGGGGUGCAUAUUCCACUCGAUGUUUGCCAUCUGCGACUACAGAAUCGACUGUGUCAUCCACUGUUGCAAUCGAUUCCGGAAACACAAGCCCCGGCCUCGAAUGCAGCUGGAAUCAUAACACGGUCGUCGAGAAAGGCUUAGGUAUAGACCUCGGUAUUCCACUGCUUUUAGCUCUUCUGGCUCUAGCGUGGUCCGUGCGUCGAGAGCGAAAAGUUCGUCGCCUAUUAUCAGCGCGCAGUUCUGUAGAAAACAUUCGACCAGCCGGGAACACAGGGGGCAUAGACAGCAAAAGGACCAUGGCAGAGAUGAGCAACGAGCGGAAGGAAUUGUUGCCAGCUGAGCUGCCCGACUAG